AGGAUUGGUUUUCGUAAAAAGUUAAUAGUUUCUAGACAAAAUGCCGAUCGGGAAAUUGACGGAAUUUAAUGUAAGGAUUGGAAAUUGGACUUUGUAUAUCGAAAGAGCGGAGAUGUUCUUCAAAAUGAAUGAGGUCAAAACAGAUUUGUGGCUACCCACUUUAAUCGCGGCUAUGGGAGAUGAGUCUUAUGAAUUAUUAAGUAAUUUGACUAGUCCAGAUUUACCAAGCUCAAAAACCUACACAGAAGUCGUAAGCGUGAUUAAAAACCAUUUACAACCGAAACCAUCAUUUAUAUCGCAAAGGUAUCAUUUUCGACAGAGGCGACAAAAUGCGGGUGAGUCGAUAUCGCAAUAUAUCUCGGAGUUGAAGAAAAUGGCCAAAUAUUGCGAAUUUAAAACUGCUUUAGAAGAUAACCUAAGAGAUCAGCUGAUUUGUGGGUUGCGGAGUGAAUUAAUCAGACAAAGGUUAUUCGCGGAAGAGAAUCUGGUGUAUGGAAAAGCAGUAACCAUAGCCUGUGCAAUGGAAGCGGCAGAAAAAGAUGCAGCGGCGGUGGAACAAAAGACGACGGGUGGCGUGACCGACCCGGGUGGCGGCAGCGAGACCGGCAGCGCGGCUAGUGCGCUGAACGCCGUGAACGCGCACUCCGCGCGGCGGAGCGGACCGGGCCACUGGGGGCAUAGCGAGUUGUUUUCAGAGGGAUUGGGCCGGUUCACGGGAGGGGUAGCCAGGCUGCGGGUGCGCGAGGGGGCGGUGCCGGUGUUCUGCCGCGCGCGGCCGGUGCCCUACGCGCUGCGCGAGCGGCUCGACGACGAGCUGGAGGGCAUGCUGCGCGCCGGCGUCAUCGAGCCGGUGGAGAGCGCGGACUGGGCGACUCCCCUCGUUCUUGUGCGUAAGGCUGACAAUGAACUCCGCUUACAACCAGAUUGA